AUGACUCAACAUGAAGCAAUCUUGAAGGAUACACCCACCCAACAUGGAGCUGACAUGAAAGACUCUCUAUCGCAAAGUCAUAUCAAACAAACUGACAAUAACACUGCGUAUGAGCUGAAGAUGACUGAAACAACAACACAGUCUGAAAUGAAAAUGCACAGUAUUGAUACUCAAACACCUGGGUAUCCUAUUCCUAUUGAGGACGCUAUUCUGCGAGAGAUCGUUUCUCCUGUCCAGUAUGCAGCACCACAAAUGCCAUCACCUAAAUCUGACAGUACAACCCAGUACGAGAUUUCACAACUUGACAUAGCUGCGCAAUAUGAAAAGAUGACGGAGGACAACGCAACUCAGUACGUUUUCACAGCAGCUCAUUCUACUACUCAAUACGAGAGGGCAGAUAAGGACAUUGAGACCCAGCAUAAGACGACACAGGAAGAUGUUAACACUCAAAGUGAGGUCGAAAAUUCUCCAUCUGGAAUUCAAGCAGUCAACGAAGUAAGCGUCCAAGCUUCAUCUCCAAUCUUGACACGAGUUAACAACCAAUUAAUUCAGACCUCUCUCCAAGCAGGAAAAAUUAAGCGAACAAUGUAUACAGAGAUUGAGGUAAAGGGUGAUGACAUGUCUACGCAGUAUGAGAAGGCAACCCAAGAAAGCACUACUCAACAUGAUAUCAAACAAACAGACACUGACACUGUGUAUGAGCUGAAGACGAACGAAACAACAACACAGUCUGAAAUGACAAUGCACAGUACAGAUACUCAAACACCUGGAUAUCCUAUUCCUGUUGAGGACGCUAUUCUGCGAGAGAUUGUUUCUCCCGUCCAGCAUGCAGCACCACAAAUGCCAUCACCUAAAACUGACAGUUCAAGUCAGUAUGAAAGGAACAUGGUCAGUGCUAUGAUCCAAUAUGAUCUAAAGAUGCAGGAAAGUUCCAUCCAGUACCAACUGAAUGGCCAAGAUGGAGCUUCCCAGUAUGACAUUCAACAGGAGGAAUCUACAACACAAGCUGUCAUAGAGAACCAGCUGUUUACCAGCCAGACCGAACUUGAGACUCAACAGCAAGCUUCAUCUCCAAUCCUUCGUCGUGUUACCAGUCAGGCACUUCAGACUCCUCAACCCAAAGGAAUCCAGAAGAGCGAUGGGUUGACACAAUACGAACUUAAACGGGAUGACAUGUCUACCCAGUCUGAAGUAAAGAAAGAAGAUUCUACAAGCCAACAUGUAUUCAAACAAGAUGACAAAGUGACACACUAUGAUAUUGUCGGGAAAGAAGGUUCCACUCAGUAUGAAAAGAAGGAUGGAGACAUGUCAACGCAACACAUCGUGAAGGGGCAAGAUAUCACUACUCAAUCUGGAGUUGCUCUUCAAGAAACUAUGACUCAACAUGAAGCAAUCUUGAAGGAUACACCCACCCAACAUGGAGCGGACAUGAAAGACACUCCAUCGCAAAGUGGUAUCAAGAUCUCGCAUAUGGCAGCGUCUCCUAUUCUUCGAACAAAAUCAAGCCAGAUUAUGCAAACACCACAUAGCUUGAAGGAUGGGGAGAGUCAAUAUGAGAGAAGUACAAUUGACAGAACAAGUCAACAUGACAGAUCGGGUGAAAGUACAGCCACUCAAUAUGAUAUGAGAGGUAGUGAGAAUACAACUCAAUACCAGAAGGAUGUCCAAGAUGUUCUUACAGAAUAUGUGAUGGACCGACAAGACAGAGAAACACAGCAUGAGAUUGAGAGUCAGUUAUUUGCAAAUCAAACUGAAUAUGAGUCUCAACAACAAGCCACAUCGCCGAUCCUUCGUCGUGUCCUCAGUCAGGCACUUCAGACGCCUAAGCCAACAGGAGUUCAGAAGAGCGAUGGGAUGACACAGUACGAGCUUAAGCAGGAUGAUUCAUCAUCACAAUUUGUGAUAACUGCUGCUUCUAUCCCUACUCAAUAUGAGACUCCGACAGCUGAUGGAACUACACAGUAUAUAAGUCAAUUUGGAGAGAGGUCAACCCAAUACGACACAAAGAAAACUGACACUAUGACGCAGCACCGAGGAAGUCAACAGGAUGCAUCAAGUCAGCAUGAAAGGCCUGUUACUGAUGGAACAAGUCAGUAUGUCAGAACAUUCGAGAGUGCUACAACCCAAUACGAUAUCAGAGGCAUUGACAGUACAUCUCAGUAUCUGACAGAGGUACAAGAUGGUACUACAGAGUAUCUCUUAGAUCAGCAAGAAAUCCAUACGCAGCAUCAAAUAGAUAAUCAGUUAUUUGCAAGCCAGACAGUGUUUGAGAGACAGCAACAAGCCUCCUCUCCGAUCCUUCACCGUGUCACAAGUCAGGCAAUGCAGACCAAGUAUGAGAAGGCAACCCAAGAAAGCAACACACAGUAUGAACUCAAACAAACAGACACUGACACGUUGUAUGAGCUGAAGACGAACGAAACAACAACACAGUAUGAAAUGACAAUGCACAGUACUGAUACUCAGACACCUGGAUAUCCUAUUCCUGUUGAAGAUGCUAUUCUGCGAGAGAUCGUUUCUCCCGUCCAGCAUGCAGCACCACAAAUGCCUUCACCUAAAACUGACAGUUCAAGUCAGUAUGAAAGGAACAUGGUCAGUGCCAUGAUCCAAUAUGAUCUAAAGAUGCAGGAAAGUUCCAUCCAACACCAACUGAAUGGGCAAGAUGGAGCUACACAGUAUAACAUUCAACAGGAGGAAUCUACAACACAAGCUGUCAUAGAGAACCAGCUGUUUACCAGCCAGACCGAACUUGAGACUCAACAGCAAGCUUCAUCUCCAAUCCUUCAUCGUGUUACCAGUCAGGCACUUCAGACUCCUCAACCCAAAGGAAUCCAGAAGAGUGAUGGGUUGACACAAUACGAACUUAAACGGGAUGACAUGUCAACCCAGUCUGAAGUAAAGAAAGAAGAUUCUACAAGCCAACAUGUAUUCAAACAAGAUGACAAAGUUACACACUAUGAUAUUGUCGGGCAAGAAGGUUCCACACAGUACGAAAAGAAAGAUGGAGACGUGUCAACGCAACAUGUCAUGAAGGGGCAAGAUAUCACAACUCAAUCUGGAGUUGCCCUUCAAGAAACUACAACUCAACAUGAAGCAACCUUGAAGGAUACACCCACCCAACAUAGAGUGGACAUGAAAGACUCUCCAUCACAAAGUGGUAUCAAGAUCUCGCAUAUGGCGGCGUCUCCUAUUCUUCGAGCAAAAUCAAGCCAGAUUAUGCAAACACCACAUAGCUUGAAGGAUGGGGAGAGUCAAUAUGAGAGUAGAACAAUUGACGGAACAAGUCAAUAUGACAGAUCGGGUGAAAGUACAGCCACUCAAUAUGAUAUGAGAGGUAGUGAGAAUACAACUCAAUACCAGAAGGAUGUCCAAGAUGUUCUUACAGAAUAUGUGAUGGACCGACAAGACAGAGAAACACAGCAUGAGAUUGAGAGUCAGUUAUUUGCAAAUCAAACUGAAUUUGAGUCUCAACAACAAGCCUCAUCGCCGAUCCUUCGUCGUGUCCUCAGUCAGGCACUUCAGACGCCUAAGCCAACAGGAGUUCAGAAGAGCGAUGGGUUGACACAGUACGAGCUUAAGCAGGAUGACUCAUCAUCACAAUUCGUGAUAACUGCUGCUUCUGUCCCUACUCAAUAUGAGACUCCGACAGCUGAUGGAACUACACAGUAUAUAAGUCAAUUUGGAGAGAGGUCAACCCAAUACGACGCAAAGAAAACUGACACUAUGACGCAGCACCAAGGAAGUCAACAGGAUGCAUCAAGUCAGCAUGAAAGGCCUGUUACUGAUGGAACAAGUCAGUAUGUCAGAACAUGCGAGAGUGCUUCAACCCAAUACGAUAUCGGAGGCAUUGACAGUACAUCUCAGUAUCUGACGGAGGUACAAGAUGGUACUACAGAGUAUCUGUUUGAGAGACAGCAACAAGCCUCCUCUCCGAUCCUUCACCGUGUCACAAGUCAGGCAAUGCAGACCAAGUAUGAGAAGGCAACCCAAGAAAGCAACACACAGUAUGAACUCAAACAAACAGACACUGACACAGUGUACGAGCUGAAGACAAACGAAACAACAACACAGUAUGAAAUGACAAUGCACAGUUCAGAUACUCAGACACCCGGAUAUCCUAUUCCUGUUGAAGAUGCUAUUCUGCGCGAAGUUGUUUCUCCUGUCCAGUAUGCAGCACCACAAAUGCCAUCACCUAAAACUGACAGUUCAAGUCAGUACAUAAGGAAGAUGGACAGUACUAUGAUCCAAUAUGAUCUAAAGAUGCAGGAAAGUUCAAUCCAACACCAAACGAAUGAGCAAGAUGGAGCUACACAGUAUGACAUUCUACAUCAAGACAUUACAACGCAGUCUAUUGCAGAAAACCAGCUGUUUGCCAGUCAAACUGAACUUGAGACACAACAGCAAGCUUCAUCUCCAAUCCUUCGUCGUGUUACCAGCCUGGCACUUCAGACUCCUAAACCUACAGGAGUUCAGAAGAGCGAUGGAUUGACACAGUACGAGCUUAAACAGGGUGAUUCAUCCUCACAGUUCGUUCCACAGCAGAAAGAUGGUUCUUCCCAGUUUGUGCUCUCUGCUGCUUCUGUCCCAACUCAAUACCAGACUUCAACAGUUGAUAGCACUUCACAGUAUGUAAGGCAAGAUGGAGACAGGUCAACCCAAUACGACCAAAAGAAGACGGAUACUGUAAUCCAGUACGAGAGUCACCAACAGGAUGGAACAUGUCAGCAUGAAAUGGCUGUUACUGAUGCCAGUAGUCAACAUGACAGAAUAGGCGAGAGUGCUAUGUCCCAGUAUGAUUUCAAGGGUAUUGAUAGUACAACUCAGUACCAGAGAGAUGUACAAGACGGUAAAACAGAAUAUGUCAAGGACCAACAAGAGAGAACAACUCAGCAUGAGGUGAAGAGUGAGAUGUUUGAAAGUCAAACUGUUUAUGACACACAGCAACAAGCUUCAUCUCCUAUUCUUCGUCGUGUCACCAGUCAGGCACUCCAAACUCCUAAGACCACAGAAGUCCAGAAGAAUGAUGGGUUGACACAAUAUGAACUUAAACAUGAUGACGUGUCCACCCAGCUUGGAGUCCAAACAUUAGAGUCAACAAGCCAAUACAUGCAGGAGCAAAAACAUGCUGUGACACACUAUGAUAUUGUCGGGCAAGAAGGUUCCACACAGUACGAGAAGAAGGAUGAAGACAUGUCAACGCAACAUGAUGUGAAGGGACAGGACACCACAACUCAAUCUAGAGUUGCCCUUCAAGAAACUACGACUCAACAUGAAUCAAUCUUGAAGGAUACACCUACGCAACAUGGAGCUGAUAUGAUAGACGUUCCAACACAGUCAUUAAUAGAAAACCAGCUUUUUGCCAGCCAGACCGAACUUGAGACACAGCAGCAAGCUUCAUCUCCAAUCCUUCGUCGUGUCACCAGUCAGGCACUCCAGACUCCUAAGCCUACAGAAAUCCAGAAGAACGAUGGGUUGACACAAUAUGAACUUAAAAAUGAUGACGUGUCCACCCAGCUUGGAGUCAAGACAGAAGAGUCAACAAGUCAAUGCGUACAGGAACAAGAACACGCUGAGACGCACUACGAAAACAUUGGGCAAGAGAUUUCGACACAAUAUGAGAAGAAGGAUGAAGAUGUGUCAACGCAACAUGAUGUGAAGGGACAGGAUAUCACAACUCAAUCAAGAGUCACCCUUCAAGAAGCAGACACUCAACAUGAAGCAAUCUUGAAGGAUACACCCACCCAGCAUGGAGCGGACAUGAAAGACGCACUAACACAAAAAGAUGUCAAGAUCUCGCAUACGGCAGCGUCUCCUAUUCUUCGAGCAAAAUCAAGCCAGAUUAUGCAAACACCACAUAGCUUGAAGGAUGGGGAGAGUCAAUAUGAGAGUAGUACAAUUGAUGGAACAAGUCAAUAUGAUAGAACAGGUGAAAGUUCAGUGACUCAAUAUGAUAUCACAGGUGUAGAAGGUGCAACACAGUAUCAACGAAAUGUACAGGAUGGUGUAACAGAAUAUGUGACAGAACGAGAGGAAAAGCCAACCCAAUAUGAAAUAGAGAACCAAUUAUUUGCAAGCCAGACCGAACUUAAGACUCAGACUCAAUCUUCCUCUCCGAUCCUUCGCCGUAUCAACAGUCAGGCACUUCAGACGCCUAAACCCACUGGAGUUCAGAAGAGUGAUGGAUUGACACAGUACGAGGUUAAGCAGGGCGAUUCAUCAUCACAGUUUGUUCCGCAGCAGAAAGAUGGUUCUUCCCAGUUUGUGCUCUCUGCUGUUUCUGCUCCAACCCAAUAUGAGAGUUCAACAAUUGAUGCGAAUUCUCAGUAUGGAAAGCAAGAUGAACACAGGUCAACACAGCAUGACCAGACGAAGGCAGAUACUAUGACGCAGUACGAGAUCCAUCAACAAGAUGGAUCAAGCCAGCAUGAGAGGGUUGUCACUGAAGGAACUAGUCAAUAUGAUAGAAUAGGUGAAAGUGCUGAGACCCAGUACGAUAUCAAGGUAUUGACAGUACAUCCCAGCACCAGAGAGAGGUACAAGACGGUGUUACCGAAUAUGUCAAAGACCAACAAGAGAGGCCCACUCAGUACGAGUUAG